AUCUCAUCACAUGCUCCUCUAAGGCUGGUGCCCAGGCUCACCGUUACCCCGGUUACCAGGAGCCGCUGCGCUGUGAGCGAGAGAGACGCUGGUAUCACUGCGCUGAGAUGUGUCCCUUGGGUCUCCUGUUCCUCCUGCUUCUCCUGUCGCCCUGCACAGGGUGUGUAUUCUGCAAGCAGUCCUACUGGCACCUGCAGGAACGCUUUGAAAAGUUGUGUACGGACUAUAAGGCAGCUGAGAGAAGCGACAACUGCACCCGUCACCGGGGGCGCUAUAGCUUCAACCCCUAUGGAAUAGAUGAGAGUAACCUUUACUUCAUCACGCAGAAGACUCACCGGGUAUUCCGAGUGCUUGAGAUCACUCGUGACAGACUGGGAAUCGCAGCGUACUGGGACUGGCUCCAUGAGGUGAAGCUGCCAGAAUACACUCACGCAGCUCUGUGCCCACCACUCUGCAGAGAGACCGCACACGUGUAUAACUGCACUCUGUGUAAGAUCAGGAGGAUGAGUUGCUGGAGUUUAGAGACCUGCUAUCCGGCAGACAAGGUGGAGCUGUACACCGCGGUAGUCAUCGUGGAGUAUUGCUGUAUGGUGUGUGUGAUACUGGGGAUCGUUGUCUACUGCUGUAUGUACCUCAGGGAGAAGAAAUCUGGGGACAGAGCUGUGGACAGAGUUGCACUGUUAUUGGACGACUGAAUAAAUGGAGCAUAACCCGUUAUUACCUUC